AUAAAUAGGUUUUCAAUAUUGCUGUUAUCGAUAAGUUAUCGGCAACCGUAAAAAUGAAUUCUUUUAUAAUUAUUUUUCUUGGGUUAAAUUUAAUAAACUUGUGUUUAUCCGACGUGAGUCCAACCGAUAAUUAUGAACAUUUUGCUGUCCUUAAUCAAGCCGCGAAACUCAAAGUGUAUUGGAAGUUUAACCAGACGGACAUAACGUUUGAGAUUCAUGGUAACACUGUUGGUUGGAUCGGCAUGGGGAUUUCCCCUAACGGUGCAAUGACCGGAGCCGAUAUGGUUGUUGGUUGGGUGAAAAACGGAAUCGCUGUUGUUACCGAUAGAUACGGAGUAGGUAAUACGUUUCCUCCAAAAGAUCCUGAACAAAACAUUGAACUUUUGUAUGGGACAGAAUGCGAUGGGUGGACGGUUAUGGGUAAUACUAAUUUACGGGAAUACGGAAAUACGGGAACGACGGGAAUUGCAAUCUAAUUUACGGGAAUACGGAAAUACGGAAAAGACGGGAAAAACUGCAAACUAAUUUACGGGAACACGGGAACUUACGGGAAUGUGUUUUAAGCUUGUUU